AUGUGUUUGUAUCCAAACAAGGACAGCAACAUAAUCGAAGGAGAUUUCCGAGAGCUCCCUACAAACAGCUCGUUCGAAUGUGAUAUCAUUGAGACAGAGUGCAACAGAGAGGGCUACAACGAGACUGAACAUUAUCUUCACAUGCAAAUCUAUGAGAACGAAACAUCGGAAAGUCAAAUGAAUUCGCUGCCAAACGUUUACAUGAUAGUGAUCGAUUCGACUUCAACAUUUAUGGUUAAAAGAUCUUUACCAAAGACUCUGCGGUUCUUGAAGAACCACCUAGGAGCAGUUCAAAUGGACUUUCUGAAUAAAGUUGGGGAUAACAGUAAAUCUGUAGAAAAAGUAGACCGUGUUGGACGACCACCGGAGGAACCCGAUUGGAACAAUACGGAGGUUUGCAACGAAUGGUUGGACGAGUAUCCAUAUAUCUUAGAGGAAUACAAAAAGAAGGGUUAUAAGGUGUGCAUAUUUAAACAUGUGCAACUCUUCUGCAUAAGUUGA